CUUUGCGUCAUGUGUAGAGCAACCAAUCAGCGAGCGCGUCAACAUCACAGACCGGAAUAAGGAAGCUCAACCCGAAAAGAGCGCCUUGAUUGAAAGUGGAUACGUUACCUGUAGUGUUCCUGUUAUCACUGUGACCAUGAGUUUCUACCCUGGUCCAUCUGGUCCCCUCGGAUGCACCAGUAUCCAGGAGCAGAGGGAGCGCUGGGAGAGAAAACGCAGCCGCACAGCCAGAGAGUUGGUGCAGACAGAACAACGCUACUGCCAACAGCUGGAGCUGGUCACCACUUACUUUGUGGAGAUCUUGAAGGCCAAAGGAACCCUGAGGCAGGACAUUAGAGAAAGCAUCUUCAGUUCAAUUAAAGCUAUUCAUUCAGUAAACCAAUCUCUGCUGGUCCAUUUGGAGAACGGCUACCUUGGCCGAGGCUUUGACCAGUUCUGUCCACAUCUGCACCACUACAAUAUGUAUGCAGACAACAUCUAUAAUGCCAGCAAAGUGCUCGGGGUGCAGCUUAAGAAAAACAAGGCCUUCAGACGUUUUAAGAAACUACAAGAAGCCCGACCAGAGUUCAACAACCAUAGGCUUGAGGACCUGCUUCAACUUCCAAUUCAGCGGAUUGAUCAGUAUAAACAUUUCCUUCAGGACCUGGCUGCCAACACAAGUCCAGACAACCCAGAGUUUCAGCAAAUUUCAAGGGCUCUGACUGCAGUGUCCGAGGUGUCCCAGCAUAUCCUGAACAACACCCAGCGCCAUGAGAAUCACCUGCAGCUUUGUCGGGUGCAGAAACUGCUGAAAGGGCGAAAGACAAAGGUGUUGGCUGCAGGGAGGUGGUUUAUCAGAGAAGGCUGGCUGAAGAUGGUUCCCCCAAAAGGAGCAGGUGCUAAGCCCAGGAUGUUCUUCCUGUUCUCUGACAUGCUGCUGCAGGCCAAGCGCUGCAGCCCAUUGCAUCCCACCAGUGGAACCAAGUUUGCCGGCCAGCAUGCCUACCCCCUGCAGGACUGUACUGUGGAGAAGGUGUUUGGCCACACCAGGAGCCAGGGAGGCCUGCUGAGUUUAACCUUCCCCAAAGCAAAACUGCUGCUGUUGUCCAGUAACCAGGAGGAUCUCAAUGACUGGUACCAAAGCCUGAGCUCAGCUGUCAGGAAGCUGCAGUCUAAGUUGGUAGUCCAUCAAAGAGAUGAGUUGUGCCGGAAGCCCCUCCACUCAGCUGGCGACACCCACAACACACCAAGCAGCAGCAGUGACCCCAGCAGGAAGAGAAACAUGGUGAGCACUGAGACCAGUGAGCAUGCUCGGACUCCAGAAGAGUGGGAGGGCAGCGCUCCCAAGAAGAUGAAGGAGUCCGAGAACCCGGACCAGAGAUGUGCAGAAGCCACCACCUCCAGCUGUGUCAUUCUCUAAUGGACUUCUUCAGACUUCACUCUGGAUGAUGGUGAAUCUUGCAUGGUCUCUCUGCUCUGAGAUUGUCACUUCAGACUGAGUUUUGUCCUCUGGUUUUGCUAAACAUGACACUCAUGUAACUAUACAUAUGUGCUUUAACAAUUUAUUUUCAUUGUGCUUUUUUACAUAUCAACAUGAAUAUAGGUUUGAAUUAUUACUAACAGCCCCUUUUGCUUCUGCUCAUUCUGUGCAAUACAAACUAUCUUGACCUGCUGCUUAAAAGACCAAAUGUGUAUAUUUGUGUGUUCAGCUGUGAACAGUAUGUUACUGCUGUAGCUGCUCUCCAGCAAAAAUGUAUCUACUUCCAAUGAUCCACUUCCUCUGCAAUUCAAAUGACUCUUGCUUACAAGCUUACAUGUGGAAGUCCUCCUCCAAGUUUGUAUCUAUUUGCACCACUCCACCAGUCAGUCAGCAUUUUAUACUGCAUUUAUAAGAGAGUUCAGAGUUCAGAAAGAAUAAAAAAAUAAUCAUUUUGGAUAGGGCUUGGACUAGGUCCCAUUUUUAAAGAGUAUAUGUCAGAGGGGGAGCAGUGUGACACUUUCAAUCACGCAUUCAAUCACAUAUGAUAAUAAGAGCGUACACACAUCUGAUUCUGCCCAGUCAGCUCUUUUAACAGAGAGUUAUCCUGCUCUUCACCUGCCUCAGCUUGCUCUCACUCUCUUCACAAGAAGUCACGCUGUCAUGUUGCAUUUAUGCCUAAUGGAAAUGUAAUGUCUUACAAGUUUCAGUUCUGGAAAUCGCAUUUCUUACAAUGUGUUACUGACGAUGAAACUACAAAAUGGCCAAUAUUGAAUGAACUAACAUUAUGAAACUAUAUAAUAUUACAUGAUGAAAUUAAUUAUCAUGUGAAUUAAAAGUUAAAUAAAAUAGCAGAGUGAAAUAUGAAAUACAUAAUUUUUUUAAAUAAAUAAUCUUAUUUUAUUUUAUUGUAGUUAUAUAUCAUAAUUUGUUAACAGAAUGUAUUUCCAAGUGGCCUUUUUCAAUGGUUUAUUUUUAUUCAAUUACAAUUAAAUUCCCUGACAUAACAUUUCUGAAAUGUGUCAGUAAGAAUAAUGCUAGAAUACAUUAAUACAUACAUACAUUUUCAUAUAAAAUACAGCGGCUAUAAGUAGCUGAUGAUGACUGAUGAAUAAAACAAAACUUUGAGGUAAGACACUUAAUAUUAUUUAUUUCACAAUUUACUGGUUCAUCCAAAUUUGUUUCUGUCAUAUAUACACGUAUACAAAUCAAUAAUACCAACAUCAACAACAAUAUUAAUAAUAAUAAUAUUUGAGACAAAAGAACCUUGGUAUUGGUAGAUAUCCAAAUUCAGGUAUCUGUAUUAGAUACUGAGAAAGUGGAUCAGUGCAUCUCUUGUCUGCAGCUUUACUGCCUCAAACAAACAGGACAAACUGUUCACUUGUACAAUUUCUAAAUGUCUGAUUUGAUUGAUUGUCACAAUUGUUAUUCAUAGCUUUAUGAUGUUACAAACACGGGACGGGGAAGUGUUGUUAUAAUUAAUUGAAUAAGUGCUUUAAUCAGCUGCACUGUGUUUUAUGAUUGACACUGCAUUUACAUAGAUUUUUCUGUCGUAUCUGCAUCCAGGCAAGAAAACCUGGUAAACAGAUAUGAAGUUUUAUAUUCUGUAUUAUAUGUUUUUAUUACAUCAUGUCCUUUAUCCUUCAUUAUGCCCAGAGCAGUUCAAGCAAAAGCUUAUUUUAUUAUUCUUCCUAUUCUGCAUUUUCAGUUUUGAACUGUGCAUGUUAUUUUUAAUAUGUAAUAUUCUUAAGCUAAAGCUGGUUACAAAUCAUUGGAUUAAUGGAAACCUCAUAAUAAAACUCUUAAAGAAG